UUAAAUUCCAAACGGUUGCUGGCGAGGCGAGGCGAGGGUUUUUCAAAAGCACACCAGCCCUCCACGGUCGUUGGAUGCUUUGACGAAAGACCUUGUAAUAUCGACAUACUUCAUCUGGUAUUUUUUUGUGAGGAUGAGUUCCGUUGACGUCAAUGAUGAGAAUCGUGGGGUUUGUCCUGGAGGAAAGCACAACAGCUCUAUUAACGACAUUUUUGCCCUGGAUCAGCCAACUGGGAGACCCUCCAUCCUGCGUCAGACCGAGAACCUGCCCAGCAAGACGGUGCCAAAGGGCACAAAGGUGGCUUUUCAGACUCCAAGAAGAGACCCUGUGACGAAGAGAAUUGUAUCUCCCAGCAAGUUGGUCAAGAUGGCAAGUGUGGGCGAGUGCACAAAAGGGGCUGAGUCCUUAAACUUUGAUAAAAUAACUACUUUACCAAAAGAGGCCACUGAGCAGCCUGAGCCCAAACAAGAGGUGUCCUCUUACCCUGAUGAUGACAUGCCAAUACAAAGCAAAGGAGGUUAUCAGUUUGAUUUCGACAACCUCGACUCAAUCAAUCCCUUCCUGAGUUCGGUAACGAUGCCGCUGUCUCCCGCGAGGCCCUCUGUCGAAAAGGCCCCGGAGUCUCAACGUGAGAAUAACUGGGAGGAGCCCGCCAAAAUAGAAACGGUGCUCGACGAGACGCUUCCAUUCACCCAGUCUGUGGAAAACUCCCUGGUUGACGUCUCCGCAGACCUCAGCUCCAGAGAGAGCAGCGUGGUCACAGUGGCGAAGGUCCCCCGCGUAGAGGAACAAGAUUCCUGCACCGCCACACCUGAUGAAAAACAACCCGGAGGACUGUCCCCAAAUGUCAAUCGAGACAAGGAGUCCGGCAGCUUUUUGGAAGACGCCCCUCUGACAUCCAAAGGGGAUUACACUUUCGAUUUUGAGAACCUUGAUAAAGUCAGUCCUUUCCAAACCGGCGCCUCUAAAAUCCAGAAUUCGCCUGAGAGACCUGUUGAGGAGACACAGAAAAAAGAAAAUGGACCUACAGACGUGGUCGACAUGCCGGAGCCGGCUCAAGCAACAAUAGAACUGGUCGACUUCUCCUCUGACUGCAGUGUGCUCACUCAGGUGACGGUCCCGGAAGACACUGUACCAGAUUCGUGCACCACCACACCAGAGGAAACGCUUCCUGCUCAAAUGUCUCCCACGGUGCAGCAAGACAAAGUUUCAGGCAGUUUUGUGGAAGAGGCCCCACUGCCGGCGAAAGGCGCUUACGCGGUGGAUUUUGACAACCUUGAAGCGGUCAAUCCUUUCAAAACCGGCGGCUCUAAAAUCCCAAAUUCACCUGUCCCGGAGAGGAAAGUGCCAAACGCUCACCCACCUGUUGAGGAGACACAGAAGAAAGAAACUGAACCCACAGGUGACGUAGACGUGCCUGAGCCGGCUCAAGCCGCGCUGGAACCGGCCGACGUCUCCUCCAGUGACCGCGGUGUGGCGAUGGAGGUGAAGGUCCCGGCAGACGAGGUCCGGGAUUCAUGCACUGCCACAUCAGGGGAAAGCGAGCCGGCUAAAAUGUCUCCUGCUGUCCACAAAGACAAAGCGUCCGGAGGUUUCGUGGAAGAGGCCCCGCUGCCGGCGAAAGGCGCUUACACCGUGGAUUUCGACAACCUUGACGCGGUCGAUCCUUUCCGAACCGGCCGCUCUAGAAUCCAGAAUUCUCCUGUGCCUGAGAGAACAGUGGCAGGCGUUGACCCCUCCGUUGAAGAGACACAGAUUAAGGAAAAUAAACCUGAGGUGAUUCAAGAGGGGCCUUUUCAGCCUGUGGAGAAACCUGCUGUGGACUCGGCCAAAGCCGCCGAGGCCUCCGCUGCUGAAUCCACCGCUUCGCCAGCUGAUGCCCCAAUCAAGGAAGGAGCCGUUAAACUGGAGUUUAAUUUCGACGACGGCAGGGAGGUCAAACGGAGACCGCCGCCCAAGAAAUUUGGCAAAAAGCCAGCGGGGGUGAAACCUGUAGAGGAGAAGCCGGCGUGUGACGUCAAACCACCGACUGGGAAGCCGGCGAGGCCGGAUGCCGCAGACGUCGCUGAUGUUCCCGUUCCCACAGGGUCCUACUCGUUUGACUUUGACAAGUUCGAUGACCCAAACUACAACCCCUUUGGGACUAAAGCAAGCAUGAACAAUUCUCCAAUGUGCGGCAAGAAAUCCGGCCCCAUGCUCAUGGAAACUUCCAUUCCAGAGCAGGCGGACAGGCCUGUUCAGAAGGACUCUGGAUCAUCAGCAUGUGCUGCAGAGAGCGUCCAAGCUGCAGCCGAACCCGACGUGGGAGCGGGGAGGGAGACCACUGAAUACCCCGACGCCAAGACUCCUUCUCACCAAGACAACAGACUUCUGCUUGAAGCUGAACCACCCGUGAAGAGUCUUCCUGGUCUUGAAUUGUGCCCGCCGGAACAGUCCCAGACCGCCGUGUCGCAGUUCAAUGACGAGUUUGUUCCCGGCAAUUUGUUUAUGGCCAGUGACUUGGAUGGGCAAAUCGAUUACCUCGAACAGUUCGGGUCCAGCAAUUUCAAGGAAUCCGCAUUGAGGAAACAAUCCUUGUACCUUAAAUUUGACCCUCUCAUGAGAGAGAGCCCCAAGAAGCCCGCAGGCCCCGUUGCUCACGGCAACGCCUCCCGCCCCGUUGCCUUUGUGUCACGGUAUGAGACUGCACUCGAACAACAGAAGGAUGAUUUCAAACUGUUUGAUGCCACAGCACCAGCUGCUUUCCCCCAGCCAGCGAACACAGAGGAGGCGAUCAUUGAAGUGCUGAAGUACAGUCAGAAAGAUAUGGACGCAGCCAUCGCCAGGGUCCAGGCCGAAGGAAAGGAAAAAGAGGAGCAAUGGAGUGGGAAGUAUAAUCAGAAACUUCACGAUAUUCAAGAAAUGAGGAAAAUAAUUGCAGAAUUUGAGCUUGUGAUGGCAAAAAUGCAGGCUGAUCAAGAGAAGGAGAGGGAUCUGGCCCAGGUGAAGCUCGACGAGGCUCUGCUGGAGAAGGAGCAGGUGUCCAAUGACCUGAACGCCAUGGAGAGAUCUUUCUCCGACCUGUUCAAGAGACUGGAGAAGUACAAGGGUGUUGUUGAGGGCUACAAAAAGAAUGAAGAGACCCUGAAAGCGUGCGCUCAGGACUAUUUGACAAGGAUCAAGAAGGAAGAGCAGCGCUACCAUACGCUUAAAGCCCACGCUGAGGAGAAAAUUUCCCUUGCAAAUGAGGAGAUCGCCGAGGUGCGGUCCAAGAACAAGGCGGAGGUCUCUGCGCUUCAGGCUCAGCUGCGACGGGAGCAGCUGAAGGCGCAGUCGCUGGAGAAGAGCCUGGACCAGAAGGAGAAGGAGGCUGAAGAGCUCACCAAACUUUGUGAUGAACUCAUCACCAAAGUCCAGAAGGGUUAAACUCAUUUGUAAAUACUGUAUAUUUAGUUUUUCUUAAUUACAUUCAUGAUAAUUUUCUUGUGUACUUUGUUCGUCUUUUUCAGUGUUACUGUAAAAAAAAUUAAUAAAGAUGAUUUAGAAGUUU